AUGGCUAACCGCCGGGCGUUCCUGGGUUCUACUACUUUCGCCUCGAACCUCCUAUGUCUCCGACACAUAGGCACCAAUACGUGUGCUUGCCAGGCGGGGUGCUCCACGGACACAUGUAGGAUAGAAGCCGCAGCCUUCCAUCCCCAUCCAUGCCGUAUCGCAAGCUCGUUUUUCCAAGACCAAUCAUUCUGUGUGUAUUGCUGCAGUACCUCCCCUCCCUUAUACCUCUCUCCCGACGGGGACGUAAUGGCAGGCACUUGGGUAUCACAGGGUCUCUCCCUCCACUUGGUGGAGUUGGUUCCUGUGAGCCCUUAUGAGAGCCCGUCGCUGGGGACAGCAUCCUUUUGGAUCCCUUAG